GAGGGUGGCCAGAUCAUCAACAAUGUGGGACAAAGCUCGAACAUUGGCCAGCAGCACCCUUACCCACCCCUUGGCCAGCUGGCACACGUCUAUGAACAGCAGCAGCAACAGCAACAGCAGCAGCAAAACAUGGAUCUCAACAAGUAUGCCUCCCUGAAGGCUGUUGCUGCCAAGUACAACGGUGAAAUCUACAACAAGCGCCGGCUGAUGGUAGAGCUGCCAACAAAGGGUGGCCUUCCUCUCCAGCCUAUGGGCAACUCUAGACCAUCCAUGGGCAACAUGUCAUCAAUGACUCAGAUCCCCACCAACCCGAUGGCUUCAAACCCUAUGAACUCCAAUUCCAUGAAUCCCAGCAUCACUCAGAUGACUUCAAUGGCACAGAUGACAUCGAUGACACCUAUUACAUCAAUGACACAAAUGACCUCACUGACCCCGAUGUCAUCGAUGACUCCGAUGACCUCCUUGGGGCCACUGACUCCGGAACCUGUGGCCACCUAUGUCACCGAGAUACCUAACAUCUCUUCUGUCUCAACCCUCCCAACAGAGAGGCACAUGGCUGGUGCCGGAGGAGGGGGACUUAAACCGAACGGCCAGAAACUCAAAAGCAGCCAUGGUCACACUGCCCACAGCUCUCACACUCAUGUUCACAGCCACGGUAGCAAGACACUUGGACUUGGGGCUACAUCCCUGGCACAUAUGGCAGGGACCAUGCCAGGUGGCACUUCCCUGGGCAUCUCCAGGGCUGCUGAGACCGCCUUUGGCUCAAACUCCGCCACAAUGGGCCGCCCAUUGGCGUACAGUUCCAACACAAUCGCAGCUGGGCAUACAAUGGGGUAUGGGCUAAAGGCUUGGGAUGGGACUGAGACAGUGGGCAGGAGGAAGAGCUAUGGGCACAAGAGGCCUCAGUGUACCGUGCUGGAGCCAAACCAGCUUCAUGGCAGCAGAGGGCAAAGCCACAGCCAGCACUUCCUCCCCACACAGCCCUAUUUUGUGACCAACAGCAAGACAGAGGUGACUGUGUGAGAGUGGAAAAAAGGAAGACAGAGUGGGGGAAAGGAUGCAAGUGUAGAGGUGACACACGCAAUCUCUAAGUGAAGACGUCAGCUCCUGGGGUGUUCAAAAGGUGCCGAUCUACAUAUGUGUUUAAGUGAAAAAGCUGAUGGUUGUCGGCUUAAUGUGUCUCAGUGGUUCUUGUUUCACCGACAGAGCUCACCAAUCUAAUUACUCAACGGACCUUCAUCGUCAAGGCAAUGGUAUUCCAGUUGUUGGCACUUGGCACCUAUAACAAUGUUAAGAACUAUAAGAGCAGGGAUGUCUGCACUAUAGUAGUGAUGUUAAAGAGCAUUGUUCCACAGAUAACAUCUAAUCUGUAAUAUUGAGCAUCACAGGUCGCUUCCAUACUUGUUAAAGGGAAAAAAUUAUGAAAAUAACAGAUGGGCUUUAAAACCUUUAGACACACAUCAUGGUGAAGGAUAGAUGCAGCACAUUUAGCUGGAAAUUUUUAUUUGAUUUGCCAAAAAGAAAAAAGAAUAAAAUUUGGAUGCAGCAUUUGGAAGAAAUACCAUCCCCAAACCCAAAUCUGCCAGGGUCUUUGAAGCAGACACAUGUGAUGAGGGCACAGGGAUUUGGACUGCAGACAUGCUUUGUUCUGUGGCUAUUCAGAAGCACCUUCAUAAGCUCUGCAGCUGAAGGUCGCCCUUUUUCCACAAGGCUCCGGCACAGAAUGGAAGCUUUCACACUGGCAUUGUUGUGUUCUAAUGUCGUCUGUGUGGUGACAGCGCGCCCAAAGGAGGGGUUAGGAGGCAGCAUCUGGGUGAUGCUGAAGCUAAGUGGGCAUCCCUUAGAGCAUUUUACUCAGAGACACAGACAAAUGCACAGAUACCGAAGCAGGAACACCAUGAUUUUGGAAUGUCACCAAUAUUUUCUCGCAUUUAAAAAGGCUGAUUGUUAUUAGAAUCUUGUCACUGACAGUAUAAUCAUAAUCCUCCAACGAACUCACAAACAAUUUUAAAAAAGCACAAUUAGAUCGAUUGGUUGGCAUUUCAGCCUUGUUGCCAAGUAUUAAAUGAGAAGACUGGCGCCACUUUUCUGUCCGUUCCCUAAUUAUGAUGCAACAGGCAUCAGGUAAUUAACUCUGCUGGAAGCUAACACGAGAAAGAGGUGAAUAUCCGCCUAGUCUUUUGCAAUAGUACCCAAAAGCGCCUGUUAAGAUCACUUAUGAAGAUAUUAUAUGUAGCUUAUUCAAUCUGAACACAGACUUCACUGUUAGAAAGACACUCUGAGAAUUCAAGGGGUCGUUGUGUAUCAGAAUAACAGUGAUGUAACAUUACAGUAUGUUGCCAGGCAACAAACUAUUACAUUCUUCCACUGAAAGACUAAAUAAAAAUGUGAAUCAAAGCUGCGCUGUGGAUAAAGAGGCCCCUGAUCAUGCUGGAAGUCAACAUAAUGACUUCUUUAAUAAACACUGUUUUUGAUGUAUUUAUCACAGAUGGCACACACAAAAAAUGUGUGUAACUAAACGCCUGCAAUAUUUCAUAAAGUGGACCAACUGUAAGUUUAGACCUUUAGGCAUUUAAAAUUAAUAAUAAAGUAAAUAACACUUUUUCUGUUAGUGUAAGAUUUUGCCAAAAGGACCUAAGCUUGAUUAGAUAACUCACUGUACUCUCGCUGUUGCUGGAGGGAAAAGCAUCACAACCAGCUGGAAAAAUCUAUGUGGGUUACAUGACUCAAACAUAAAAAUAAACCUGUGAGUCUGAUAAACAGGCCAAAUCUUAGAAGGUAAUUCUUUUCAAGUCAAUUUAUGUGCUUUUGUAAUUUGCUUUUGAGACCAGCAGCCACAAAUACAAACGUGACCUAUCAGUUUUCUAAGUGAGCUUUGACAGCCAUUUGAAGUGAUACUUUUAUUUCUUAGGGAGCUUGUGUAAACAUAAGCGGAGAACAUGCAUCUGCCAAGUGGCUGGGAUAGUAAUGGAACAUAAACAAGGAAAGAUUUCUAGAGAAGGACUGUAGAUAGAGAAUAAGCAAAAAAGAAGGUGGGGAUAGGGCAUUUUUAAGGCUAAGCGUAUGGGAUUUAAAGGUGCCAAUGACAAUCUGAUGACAGGCAAAAAGACAUUAAAGUUACAAUGCAAUGCCAUCAGAGCUACACACAUUUUGAAUCCUGCCUGCAUGUAGAGCUGAGGUGCAAAGAAGAGAGCGACAUUACAGUUCCUAAAUCAAAAACGAAGACACCAACUGAGCAGAGGAUAAGCUGGUCUGAAAAGGGGAUAUUUGUGCCUCAUGCUGUGCAACACCCUGCUGCCUUGGGGGUCAAAGUAAACGGAGACCUGAGGCCUGAGUGAAAGCAGGGGACAUGAUUAACAAAAAACAACAACAGAGCAUUCAAAAUAGGUCACCCAUACACCCGCGCCCAUUACGUGUGCGGUCAUGCUACGAAUAUAUUAACAGGGUGGACUUUUCUUGUGCGACCAUGGUGCCGAGUGGCAGGUGUCAUCACAGCAGAGAGACAAAGAGUCAGCACCGUUAUUCUGCGCCUGCUCCUCCUGAAAGACUGUGAAACUCCAGACCUUUGCCCUUUGUAGCGAUCACUGACAUGAUUUUUAUAUAUAAAUAGACACAGCUUUCCUCGCUUUUUUUCUAUUUUUUUUUCAUCCUCUCUCAUCCUCCCCACCUGCCCUUUCUCUUUCUUCGUAUCUGAAUGAAUUUUUUUUUUUUCAGAGUGGGAAAUAUCAGAAACAAAAACGGAGCUGUGAUGAAUCUUUCCUGAAAUGGCGAGGUACAGAUAUGAUGAAAAAAAGCGAGUAGUAAUAAUUCACUGCCACAUUUAAAAAUGUGUUUGGUGUCCCCGUGUGCAUUGCACUUUGCAGGAAAUGAAAGUGAUUGAUUCUGUGAGGCAAAAAAAAAGAAGAAAAGAAAUGUAAUUCAGUUUGCAGUUUUGUACUGUUAUGUGUCCUCCUGAACACUGAACACAUUUAACUAAUUUUUUGGAAUUGUGUAUGGCUGUGUGUGAAUCCAACUUGUGUAAACAGCUAACGUCACUGAAGACAUUGAAGCGCAAACACACCAAACAAUCAAUCAAUGCAAAAUAUACCAUUUAAAAUCUUUUAAAAUCUUCAGCUAAUUUUGACUCCCUGAAUGUCCACUCAGUUUUUUUUUCUGAUGCUUUCUUAAGUUUUGUUGUUACUUGGUCUUUUAUGCCAGGGUUGAAAGAAAGGUCAGUGUUUGCUGAAUGCGCAUGACUAGAGUCAAUUUACUCUAACUCGCAAAGCAGAAAUGUGGACACAUGAACCCCCACUGCCAUUUCAACAUGCCUUAUAAGCUCUCUCCAAAAGGAGCCACACAAACAACUGUUUAGCAAGGACAGGGAGUACGGAAACAUGGCAUGAAAAAAAAAUUAGGGAGAAAGUCUCUCAUCAUUUUACUUUUCAUGCUAAAAUACACUGUAAAAAAACAGGAAAUUGGUUGUGCCGGCUCAGCCAUGGCAGACAGGGUUUGGACCGCAGAUGAGCGGGUUCAGGGGGCAGCUGACAUUGUUAAUCAGCUGCUCUGGAAGGAAAAGCCACUGCAGAGACAAAAGGACAAAGAUAUUCCACGAGCUCAAAGCAGCCUAAAAUGAUUAUCAGCUAAAAAUUCUUGCGGAGUGUGUUUAGUUUUGCUGAAAGCAAUUUGCAGAUAAAAUAAUUAAUGUCAGUGGCGGCUUAAUGCGCGAGGGUAAGAAACCCAUCUUUAAUGCAGAGGAUGCUGCAAUGAGCUGUAGAUCAACUCAUUGGGGGCACAUACACAUUAUUUCAUGCAGGUUUGAACCUAAUUGAGGUUCAACAUAUGAAUUUGAACUGUUGGGCAACAGAAAACCCUCAAACUAUCUUGUUAAAAACAAAAUGAAACUACUGCAGCUUGGCUCUGCUGAAACGUGCCCUUUCGUUUUAUGUCAUCCAGGGAAGGCUUUUUUUGGUAAAAUUGGCUAUAGCUUAGUAAAUCAAGCUGGAUAGUGUUCUACCAACUGUUUUUUCUCAUCCAACAUAUAACACUAAUCAUCUUUGUUAAAAAAAAUGGCUUGUUUUUCAUGGGUUUGUCACCCAGUAAACCAGACCUUUUCCCUGAAACAUUUGUUUUUCAAGUGAAAAUUUGAUGGAUGCAAUGUUUCAGUGGUAUAUUGAUUAGCAGCAGAUUCAGGAGCAGGAAUUAGAGUGGUUAAGUAAAGGUCAGCACCCUUCACCUGGAACCUUGUGAAUUGAUGCUAAGUUGACUUUGUCCCACCCAGUCUCAAUAAUCCAUAAAGGCCCAUCACAAAAAGGCAUUUCAUUGCUAUUCCUGAUUGUUUUAGUUUUUUAAAUCAGUGAAAAUUAUUAUUUUAGAAAACUCCCAUCGUAAACCUAGAAAAAAAAUCUCCCUUUGAGUCGUGUAUAGAAUAUAAAGGGGUCAAAUGCGGUUUAGAUUGUUUGCAUGUGAGGAACGUCAAUUUAAGCACAUUGUUUAGGAAUAGAAACAUCUAAAACAAAAAACAGAGCACAAAGCCUGUUACAUCUAAUUGCCCAGUGGCUUCCAUAGAUGCAGUUAAGCUUGGGAUUGAUUGAUUAACUUGACCUGUCCACAUUAGACAAGCAAAGAUCACAUUCAUAAGUUGUAAGAUAAAUCAAGGGUUGAAGUUGGGCUGGUGUUUAGUUCACAGGUUUUUGGGGUUGAAUAGCAAGAGUUGUAAGGUUGUGUCAAAACAGGAAGAAGGAAAAGUAGCAAAGCAAACACCCAACAAACACUCAGAGGAAAAAAGGUGACGAGAGACACAGAGAUGAUAUUGGGAUAUGAAACUAGAGAUUGGAGCUUUACAGUCCCUCUCCCUGUUUGGUUAUAGAGGCUUACUGAUGUAGAGUAUCAAUAUAGCCAUUAAAAGAGUUUUUUGCUCCACAAAGUAGCCAGCUGCCGGGCUAUGCAGCAGAAAUUUCACCUACAAGGAAUAAACCAUAAGAAACAGAAGAAGUGCAUUUCGGACAGUGGCUAAGGAGGACAAGUAAAAAAUACACACAUACGUGGAAGAGCUUUGCUUAGUUCAUAGAUGCACACAAAGGCAGAAAGGGAAGCUAAUAUCAACAGCUGAUGGGGGAAGAACCUUUGAAUAAUUGAUAUAGUAAAAAUGUUUGCAGUACCAGACACUUAAAUACUAACAUUCUCUAGGUUGGAAGCUGUGAACCCGACAGCUGAUGACUCACACACAGACAUCCACAUGCACAAAAAUGUCUUUGUCCGGCCAUUUUAUGCUAAUAAGAUAUGGUGACACUCAAUAUGCCAGCUAUUGAUCGUCAAUGCUGCCCAUGCGGGUCCUUUGAGAGAAAUCAAUAGCUGAUCCCAGCAUACAAAUUGGAUAUUUCUAAUGUCUACUGGCACAUUUUUGCAAUCUCCUGUUGAGUAUGUUGAGUAUUUUUUUAAACUCUUUGUCCACUUUUUGCUGACAAUAUGAAGCACGGAUUGUUCUUGAUGUCAGUCUGAAUCAGGAAAACACUGUUGUCUGUAAAUAUUUGUGGGCCGUAAUAAUGUCUUUUACCCUGAAUUUGAACUGAAAAAAAUGCAGUAUCAUCUUUUUUUUACUGAUGAGAAGGCAGAGCAGUGUCACCGUGACUGGAAAAUGUGAUAUGUACUGUUUAUAAGAUCGACACUAAAGGGCUUAAACACAAUUUCAUUUGUGAGAUUUUCCUCUUCUUGAUUAUUUUCUGCCCUUUACUGUUGCUUUUUCUUGGACUAAAUGACGUUGUAAACUUUACUGCCAACGAGAGCAGCGUCUAUCAUCAGAUAUCCAUAUAUUGCUAUAUAAUGAAAGGUUUGUUGUCACCUAUGUUUACAGCCUUGUACAGUGUUGAUUUUUACGUGCAAUGUUUUCAUCAAUCCGGAGCUGUCCACUUAUGCACACGGAGACAUAAGGGAUGCAAUGUUUUUAGUCUUGUAACGCUCAGCAUCUGGUUUAAUACGGCUUACUCCAAUGGUCUACUUUAUAUGUAUGAUUUCUAUCAUAGGCCCACAUUAAAUAAUAGAAUUGACUGAAUCGUUUAAACCACAGUAAAGGAGAAUGGGCGUGUGGAUAUUGACCUCUGCUAUUGUCCAGAGCUGAGGGAUUUUCCAUAAAUUUUUGCUGAAUCAAUAGGCUAUUUGCAAUAUAUGGCAACAACUAUCCCUAAGCGAGUAUAUCCUUUUAUAGAAAGGCUCAUUGAUUAACUCAUUUUGGUGUUAAUCAUGCAUUACAUACAAAGUUAUAUGAAAACCAAUUUUCUAUUUUUGAUGUCCAAACCAGUUUCUGGUAUCUAUGUAUAUGUGUAUAUGAAUACAUAUGGCCCCAACACAGCAUUUAUGCGUUGCUAGUAAAGCGUAUUUUCUAUGGUAGACCCCAUCUCCUACUAUUGUUUGCACAGUAGCUUCUAAUAUGCACCGUGAUGCCCCAUUGUCAUUUUAAUGUUGACUAACUUUAUGAUUUGUGAAAUUAAGUUAUGAAAAAGCUGUAUUUUGGUACUAUACAACUAUUGUAAGAAAUAAAUAAAUAAUCAAAAAAAGAAAUAUAGCAGACGUAUUGUCCAAGAAAUAUAUUAACAUAGUGUUGCUAUGACUUUUCCUUUAAUUUUGGGGGGGAUGACUUGGAUGAUUUUGUUCUUCUUUUGUUGUUGAUUUGCCAUCUGACAGUAUAUCACCAUUGUUAUAUAUAACAACUUUCUUACGUGGCAAUAAAAGAUAACUUCU